AUGUUUUUGCCCAGCGUUCAUGCCGAGACCGACAAGGAGGUGCUCCUCCAAUUCAUCAAAGAGAACCCUCUUGGCAUCCUCAUCACAGGCCAAAACUCAUCCCAAGUGGACUUUCUGCAAUGCACUCAUGUUCCCUGUGUCCUCGAUCUUCCUGAGGAGUAUGGAGGCGCAGAGCCUCGUCUCCGUGCCCACAUCGCGAAGCAGAACCCGCAAGUGAAGGCCAUGAUCGAAGCCGUCGACGAGAAGCCGCCAAACGUCCUGGAGCUCGAUAAUGAUGUUUUAGUCCUGUUUAAUGGACGACACGACCAUUAUGUCACCCCGAAAUUUUACACCGAUACUAAGCCCGAUACUGGAAAGGUUGUACCGACGUGGAACUACUCCGCCGUGCAAGUUUAUGGCAAGCUCCGCCUUUACUACGACUCCAAGACCGCCGAGGCUGGCAGAUUCCUGGCGCAGCAGGUUCAUGACUUGUCCCAACAUACUGAAACCUCUAUCAUGGGUUACACUGGUGGUGAUCGACCGCAAUCAUGGAAGGUCGCUGAUGCUCCACAAUCUUAUCUCGAUAUCUUGAAGCGAAACAUCGUCGGAAUCGAGAUUCGGAUCACCAAGAUCGAAGGCAAAUACAAGAUGAGCCAGGAGAUGCGACCGGGUGAUCGUGAAGGUGUCAUUGAGGGCUUUGCGAAGCUUGGUAACGAAACCGGUACAGCCAUUUCGGAGCUGGUCAAGGAAAGGGCGGAGUUGAGUGACAAGAAAAAGCAGACUGCCAAGGCUUGUCAAUAG